AUGGCUAACCUCAUCUAUCGCCUCGGCGGUGAGCAGCUCUCUGUAGCUCUCAACCGGCGUCUCGGACUCCCCUCCCGCCGCACUCUCAUUCGCAACGGCACCUUCAUCAACAUCAACGCGACGAUUGGUGCCAUCCAGCAGUCCGACUUUAUCACCAACAUCCGGAACGCAAUCCUUUCUGCAUCUACGACGCCCGCCUUUUCGGGCCAUACCGUUUGCAUUGACGAGAUCGCGUUGCAGGAGAAGGCCGACUUCGACAGCAAGUCGCAACGUGUUGUUGGCAUCUGUCAUCAGCACGCUGACGCCGUCAACCUCACCAUCAGAGACGCCGAGUCCGCCAUCCGCAUAGCCGAGAGCCUUUCUGGAGAGGAGUGUCAUCUGGGCAAGGAAGCGACAGUCAUCGCGAUCACCACCUGGGGCAACGAUUCAAUCCACCCUGUACUCGCUGCAGCUUCGUGCAAAUCCGAAACGCCGGCUCAGAUCGCCGCCAUCAUCAAGGACGCAAUCCGCAGCUGGAGUGACUCUGGCGCCAAGCACAAGCUCGGGCCCAUCUGGUCUGUUGCUACAGACGGGGAUGCCACCCGGCGUCGUGGAUUUCACGACGAGUUUCUCAAGCACAAAAUUAACGAGCUCGCCGAAAUCAGCCAGCUUUCCAUCCCUUUUGGUGAUGUUCGCUUGCUCCCGGGGCUGAACUGUUUCGUUGGCGACGAGUGCGUCACCCUCGACUUUGACCCCAAGCACAUAUUCAAGCGUAAGUUUUUCUAUUUCACAUUCAUUAUGCAUUGCUUAUAA